GCAAGAAGCAAGCCCCUCUGCCUUGUGAUUUGUGAACGAAAGAGCACUGUAGCUGCCAACAAUGGCCAUUCCGGCUAAAGCCAGCAGCUCCUUCUCCAUGUCCUGCCUCUUGGCCGCCAUCUUCCUCUUCUCCUCGGCGCCACGGAGCCACGGCGGCAGCAUCGCCAUCUACUGGGGCCAGAACGGCAACGAGGGCACCCUGGCCGAGACCUGCAGCACCGGCAACUACGCCUUCGUCAACAUCGCCUUCCUCUGCAGCUUCGGGUCGGCCCAGGAGACCCCGCAGCUCAACCUGGCGGGCCACUGCGACCCCUACUCCAACGCCUGCACCAACCUCACCGCCGACAUCAACCUCUGCCAGUCCAAGGGCGUCAAGGUCAUGCUCUCCAUCGGCGGGGGCGCCGGCGGGUACACGCUCAACUCCGAGCAGGACGCGGCCGACCUGGCCAAGUACAUCUGGGACAGCUUCCUCGGCGGGAGCUCACCCAAGCGGCCGCUCGGCGCCGCCGUACUCGACGGCGUCGACUUCGACAUCGAGGGAGGGAACCCAGACUACUACGGCGCCCUGGCGGCGCACCUCAAGGCCUACGGCGGCAAGGGGGGCAGCAAGGAGGUGUACCUGUCGGCGGCGCCGCAGUGCCCGUUCCCGGACCAGUGGGUCGGCAAGGCGCUCCAGACCGGCCUCUUCGACUACGUGUGGGUGCAGUUCUACAACAACCCGCCGUGCCAGUACGUGCAGGGGGACACGGCCAACCUCAUGGACUCGUGGAAGCAGUGGACGUCGGGGGUCCACGCCAAGUACAUCUUCCUCGGGCUGCCGGCGGCGCCGGCGGCCGCAGGGAGCGGGUUCAUACCGGCGGGGAGCCUGGAGUCGCAGGUGCUCCCGGCGCUCAAGGGCUCCAGCAAGUACGGAGGGGUGAUGCUGUGGUCCAAGUUCUACGACGACCAGGACGGCUACAGCUCCGCCAUUAAGAACGCCGUCUGAUGAUGAUCGAUCUCAUUCCUUCACGGUCCGGGUUAUGGGAGCCGACAGUGGUGUGUAUAUAGUUGUGGCGCAUAUGGUCUGGCAAUUGGUGUAGUUAAUUUAUUUGUGCGCACACAGCAGGAUUUAUAUCGAAUAAAAGGAUUAUUUGUCACAA